GAACCUGAUGUAUUAGAUCCGAAUAGUAAUGUUUUAGGAAACAAGAGGAAAGUGGGGGACAAGAUUUUGCACACCUGCAAUGAUAUGACUGGCAUCUCAAAUACAUCGGUCUGUGGGCAAGACGGACAAUGGUCAGCACAGCAGUUUGUAUGCCCUGUAGUGAAUCUUGAAGGAAAACGAUUCAUGAUAUACGUGAAAGACAACAACAAAUUUUGGCAUUUCGACGGAGGUCAUCCUACAUUGAAAGCAGUUACGUCAUUUUGGCAACCAAAUGAUAAUUAUGUCAAAUUCAUGUUUGAAAAGCAGGCAGACGGAUCAUACAAAAUAAAGUCUGUUGCAAUGCCUAACUAUAUGUACGAUGGCUAUGGUGUAGCUGGUUCGCAUGCGCCGGUUCUAAAUGGUAAUGACAACACCGACGACGACCACAUGCGUUACCUCGUUUCCAGAGACGGACAGGACUACUACAGGAUACAAACAAAAGCUACUGGCCGAUAUGUUCGAUUAGACUCCGACCAAUAUGUUACAUCAAAGCACAAUUUAAUUGAUGACAGAUCAUUAUUUAAGUUAGUGGAAGUGUAGUGUUACCUUAUAUAACUUUUUACUUUGAGUAUAUAACUGAGAGAGAAUCGUCGAAAACACACAAGAAAUGAAUUUCACAUUUCUUCUGUUGAUAUCUACAAAUGUUAAAUAUAAAUCAGUACUCUCAAUAAUCAUUGUAACCCGUUGUGAAAUCUGGCGUAAAUGAGAAAUUUAUAAACCGUGUAUAUACAUUAGAAACACGGUAUCUCAAACUCGCUUACCUUGAAAUUCCGCUUAAGUCUAAGAAAUUUUCUCAAGUCUUCUUAAAUUUCCUUUUUUAUAAAUAUAAUUCAACUCCGGUUACGUCAAAUUUUGACU